AUGAGUUCAGGAACACAGUCGAUUGCCGAUCUUACCACAGAAACAAAGCCAACCACUGGAGACAUCCCACCGCCUUUAGUAGGCGCAUCCACCACAGUUGCAGGAAACAAGCUUUAUGUGUUUGGUGGACGUCUGGUUUCAUCACGUCAAAUGACAAAUCAUCUCUAUAUAUUGGACCUGGAUACAUUGGUUUGGACACACCACAUUGCUCAGCCUGAUUCGCCUUCUCCUCCUCGACCUCGCUACUUUCACUCAUCCAAUCUAUUUGGUCGUACGUUGGUUGUAUUUGGCGGCAUGAGUUACUCGGUUCGACGUUCCUCUCAAAGUCUAUGUGCGCUGGACGACAUAUGUCUUUUUGAUUUGGAUCUGAUGAUUUGGAAAUACCCUGAUAUUCAGCCCAGCAUAUACGCUCCUCAAGCACGCUAUGCUCAUUUAACAGUAUGCUCAUCUGACAAGCUGGUGGUGAUGGGAGGCCAAGACAUGUCGAAUCAGUACAUCAAUGAAUCUAACGUAUUUGAUCUCACAAGGAUGGAAUGGAUUCAUGGCGGAUCCCUAAGUCGACAGUACGGCGCAUACCGAGCCGUGGCAUUUUGCCCCUCAUCCAUCGAUACCAAUGUCAUGGCAUCACAACCCUUUUGGGAGACACAUCACAACAAGGAUGAAUUUCCUCUAUGUGUUUAUUCCAACUACAACUUUACCGAUGUGACCCGAGAUUUGCAGAGUUUCUCACCCUUUACAUCGACACCUGAAUUCAAAGAUCACUCUGCAGACAUGUCUGGCGCCUCGCUGCCUCCAGGUCUUCGCUUCCCCUCUGGAGACUUGUUGGGCCAUCAUAUGAUUCUGACAGGAACCUACCUAACACCUACACAUCGAUCCUUUCACAUCUGGGCUCUUAAUCUGGCGAAUUUAGUGUGGGUGCGUAUUGAUACAGGCUCGAUUUUGUCGCAAGGAUCAUGGAACAGAGGUGUGUUGUACGACGAAAAGCAGCAGUUUUUUGUAUUUGGCGACAAGACCAGAGACUUAUUAGAGGACUACAACCAUCGUCAAGUGAAUUUCACCCAUGUGGCUGUGGUCGAGUUGGAGGCUUUUGGUAUUUACUCGUACCCCAAGGAAACAUGUGCACCAGUUGCCCAAGAACUGGGCUUGAGUAUGCUGAAUGAACCUAGCAUGUCUGACAUUGAGAUUUUGACAGAUGACGGCCGCACGAUUCCAGCAAAUUCAAGUGUCAUUGCACUGCGAUGGAAGCACUUUGCGUCUAUUCUUAGCGAGAAGAACGAGAAUUCCACCUACAAGCGUUUGUCCUUUCCCGAAAGCUAUCCUGUUACUCUGGCGUUCCUGCAGUACAUUUACACAGAUCACUUGAUGACAGCACAGCAGCACCAUCCUCAAAUCUUGUCGCGACUACUGGUGCUAUCCAAUGUCUACAACUUGCCCAGACUGGGUGUUCUCGCAACACACGCCUUGCAUCAGAUCCUCACUAUUUCAACAGCCAGUAUGGUGUAUGAAACCUCCGCUCUUACUGGACGCACUUCUCUUCAGAUACGAGCUUUGCGAGUCAUGAUCAAUGCAAAGAAAAUGUUACAUCAGCAACAACAGCAAUUCCAACAACAGCAAUUGCAACAACACCACCAACAGAUGGGAUUUCCAGGCGAAUACAAUAACAGCACGACAGACUCGCCCUCUGUAUUCCCUACACAUUACACAACAUCGCCCUCAUCAGGCAGACAAUCGCAUGACGAAGAUGAAGGCAUCUUCCAGUCUAGAUUUUCUCCAUCCACAUCUGCAUUGAGACGACUCACCGCCUCCAAAUCCUCCACAACAGCUUCACCUGAACCCAUGAUGCAUUCGGUAGUGCCAUCUCCAAAACUCUCCAAAUCAAGCAACAUUUACCAGAAAUCACCUCCUCUGUUUGUGGAGAGACAGCGCAAAGGAAGUCUAGUGCCUUUGCCCAGUAUGAUGUCGACUGGAAACCCUCAGCAACAGCAAAAUGUCAAGUUAGGAUCCAUGGCACCUAGCUUUGAAAGGCCUAACAUGGGCAUUCGAUUUUAA